AUGCGUACGGAUACUGACGCAAGCUUUGCUUUGUUUCCAGGAAAUUCUGGAUCUGCCACUGCCAUGAACGGCAGUCCCGCGCGAAGGAAAGGACGCGGAUUAACAGCGUCGUCAGCAACAAUCGAGGAGGUUUUUAUACAAUUGGAUUACGACAACAAAACGCAUGAGAAUGACUCGGAUUUCCAUUCCACCAUUGCCACCGCUGUUGCUGACGGAGAUGAUGCGUCCAGCUCGCCGUCGACUCUCCUUGCCAAAGGAAAGAUGCAGAUGUGCAACGAUGUGACUUCGCACGCGCAAGGAGGAGACUCGCAGUCGGCGAGUGAGACGGAAGAGGAGCGGGAGCGUCCUAGUCGGCUUAAGGCUCGGGUGAAGAAGCUGUCUGUGAGCCUGAAUCAGCCGCCCCUCCAUGUGUGGGAAUCCGCGGAUCGGAAGACCAAAGCGCAGGUGGUGGCGGCAGCAGCUGCUGCAGCUCGUGUAUCCCUCGGUGGUGACAAGGGAAAGCAGAUCCACUCAGACAAGGCAGACGCCACGCCUUUCAUGCGGUCGGGCUUCACCACGCCCAGUGGAGCCCGCAUGCGGUCGGGCUUCACCACGCCCAGCGGAGCCGCGCGAUCAGCAGCAGCAGCGGCAGCAGUAGCGGCUUUCCAGGUGGAUCCUAUGGUGCUGGAGGCGUGGGACGCGCUGCGCAUGUCGCAGGUGCUCUUCCGCGGCCGCCCUGUGGGCACCAUCGCCGCACUGGACCCCUCUGAAACGGCUCUUAACUACGACCAGGUGUGUGUGUGGCGGGGGGAAGGGGAGGGGAAAGGGGGGGGGUCUGUGUUCGUGCGUGACUUUGUCCCGAGUGCGCUCGCAUUCCUCAUGAACGGAGAGGCGGAGAUCGUGGAGAAUUUCCUGCUCAAGACACUGCGUCUGCAGCAAUCCUGGGAGAAGCGAGUGGACGUGUUCACCCUGGGAGAGGGUGUGAUGCCGGCGUCGUUCAAGGUGCUGCACGACAGCCGGCGGGGUGUGGACACCAUGAUGGCUGACUUUGGGGAGAGCGCCAUUGGGCGCGUGGCGCCGGUGGAUAGUGGCUUCUGGUGGAUCAUCCUGCUCCGAGCCUAUGUCAAGGCCACUGGUGACCAGUCCCUCGCAGACUCCCCGGACUGCCAGCGAGGCAUGCGGCUCAUUCUCAGCCUGUGCCUGGCGGACGGGUUCGAUACCUUUCCCACACUGCUGUGCGCGGAUGGAUGCUCCAUGAUCGAUCGCCGCAUGGGCAUCUACGGGUACCCCAUCGAGAUCCAGUCCAUGUUCUUCAUGGCGCUGCGGGUGGCGCGCUGCCUGCUGCGCCCGGACCUGCCGGAGAACAAGGAGCUGCUGGAGCGCAUUGACAAGCGCCUCAUGGCCCUCUCCUACCACAUGCGCACCUACUUCUGGCUGGAUCACGAGCAGCUGAACUGUGUGUACCGGUACAAGACGGAGGAGUAUUCACACACGGCAGUGAACAAGUUCAAUGUCAUUCCAGAGUCCAUUCCUGACUGGCUCUUUGACUUCAUGCCGCUCAAGGGAGGUUACUUCAUCGGGAAUGUGUCGCCUGCACGCAUGGACUUCAGGUGGUUCGCCCUUGGGAACUGCAUGGCAAUCGUAUCCUGCAUGGCAUCACCAGAGCAGGCAGCAGCAAUCAUGGACCUGAUAGAGGAGCGCUGGGACGAGCUGGUGGGCGAGAUGCCUCUCAAGAUAGCGUAUCCUGCUCUCGAGAACCAUGACUGGCGGAUCACCACUGGCUGCGACCCUAAGAACACCCGAUGGAGCUAUCACAACGGUGGCUCAUGGCCAGUGCUGAUUUGGAUGCUCACUGCUGCGAGCAUCAAAGUGGGUCGCCCUCACCUGGCUCGGAGGGCCAUUGAGGUGAUUGAGAAGCGCCUUGCCAAGGACGGCUGGCCUGAGUACUACGAUGGGAAGCUGGGUAGGUAUGUCGGGAAGCAGGCACGGAAGCAGCAGACCUGGAGCGUGGCAGGUUAUCUUGUCGCCAAAAUGAUGCUAGAGGAUCCCAGCCACCUCGGGAUUAUUGCAUUGGAGGAAGAGAAGAAGCUGCAGCAGCCUGCCCUCACACGUUCCCGAUCAUGGAAGGUGUAA